AUGAAGGUGCUGGCGAUCCUGCUGUCCCUGUUCCUGGGAGUCCUGGCCCAGCAUGGCGACUGGACCUACUCAGACGGGGCAGUGGACCAGAAGCACUGGGCGAAAUACUAUAAGACCUGUGGUGGGAAGAGGCAGUCGCCCAUCAACCUGCAGAGGAGGGUGGUGCACUACAACCCUACCUUGAAGAGGCUGAACUUGUCCGGCUACGAGGCUCAGGAGGGCCUGUUCCCUAUUACCAACAAUGGGCACACAGUGCAGAUUGAAUUGCCCCCCACCAUGGUCCUGACGGCCCCUGAUGGCACCAAGUAUCUGGCCAAGCAGAUGCACUUCCAUUGGGGUGGUGGGCACUCAGAGAUGAGUGGCUCUGAGCACACCAUCGACGGGAUCAGGUUUAUGAUUGAGAUUCAUGUUGUUCACUACAAUGCCAAAUACAAGAGCUAUGACAUAGCCAAGGAUGCCCCUGAUGGUUUGGCUGUAGUUGCGGCCCUCUGUGAGGUCCUGAAUGAUGCUGAAAACACUUAUUAUAGCGAGUUGAUUUCCCACUUGAAGAACAUCAAGUAUGCAGGACAAAGCACAACUCUGACUGGCCUUGACAUUCGAGAUAUGCUGCCCAAUAACCUCCAUAACUACUACACCUACUUGGGCUCACUCACCACUCCUCCCUGUACUGAGAAUGUCCUUUGGUUUGUGCUAGCAGACUCUGUCAAGCUCUCCAGGACACAGAUUGCGACGAUAGAGAGCUCCUUGCUUGACUACCAGAAUCAGACCCUCCGCAAUGAUUACCGCAAGACCCAACCCUUGAACAACAGGCUGGUGCAAGCCAACUUCAAGGAUUUUUCUUCCUCAGGUGAAUGA